AAUGGAAACGGUGCUGUUCUGAACGACCAGUUCAAAAACGAGGAAGGCGUGGUUGGGUGGGUUUUGUGUUGGAGGAACGCUGUGCCGCAGUCAUUUACAGUAAAUUGCUUCAAUAUACACCCACCAAACGUACCUCAAAGUAUGUUCAAGAUCGUUUUAGGGAACCGUGUCGUUCAGUACAAACCGUUAAGCGACGUAAACGUUUAAUCGAACUGAACGCACCCCUGAGUAUCCUGGGAUGACUGUUUCCGCCUCUAGCCAGCUGUUCCAAUGAAUGAGGCGGAGGAUCUCCAUCGUUGCUUCUCGGUGAUAUAACAUUUCACUAACAGUAUCUUUAGAUAUCACAAUGCAGACCCUCACACCCCACGUGUAUUGGGCACAGCGUCAUGGAGACAUCUACCUGCGUGUGGAGCUGAGUGACGCUAAGAAUCUUGAUAUCUGUGUAGAAGACAACACCCUGCAAUUCAAAGCUCAGGGUCAUGGAGCUAAAGGAGACAAUGACUAUGAGUUCAGUCUGGACUUCCUGGAACCAGUAAAACCUGAGGUUAGUCACAGGUCGACCCAGCGCCUGGUAAAUGUGACAGUGAGGAAGCAAGAGCAGCGUUGGUGGGAUAGACUCACUCUGCAGGAGAGGAAACCUCUCUUCCUGGCGCCAGACUUCGACCGUUGGCUCGACGAAUCAGACGCGGAGAUGGAGCUUCAGGCUAAGAAAGAGGAGAAGAUAAACAAGGUCAGCAUCGAGUCAAGAAUCCGUCAAGACCCCUACCUGGGUCUGAAGAAGGGAUAUCUGUUCAUGUAUAACCUGGUCCAGUUCCUGGGCUUCUCCUGGAUCUUUGUCAACAUGACCGUCCGUCUCUUCAUCCUGGGACAAGACUCGUUCUAUGACACGUUCCAUACCAUUGCUGACAUGAUGUACUUCUGUCAGAUGAUGGCCGUAGCAGAGGUCAUUAACCCUCUAGUGGGUCUGGUCAAGACAGGGGUGUUCCCAGCUAUGAUCCAGGUGGUGGGUAGGAACGUAAUCCUGUUUGUGAUCUUCGGUAGUCUGGAGGAGAUGCAGAACAAAGCAGUGGUCUUCUUCGUCUUCUACCUCUGGAGCACCAUAGAGAUCUUCAGGUAUCCAUUCUACAUGCUGGCCUGCAUCGACACAGACUGGAAGCUGCUGACCUGGCUCAGAUACUCCAUCUGGAUGCCCCUCUACCCUCUGGGGGUGCUAGCAGAGGCUAUAGCUGUGAUCCAGUCCCUGCCUAUCUUUGAUGAGACCCGUCUGUACAGCAUCCCUCUACCUACGGUCCUGGGCUCGUCCUUCAGCUUUUCCUUCACUCUGAAGAUCUACCUGGUCCUCAUGUUCCUCGGCCUGUUCAUCAACUUCCGCCACCUGUUUCGCCAGAGGAGGAGACGAAUGCGCUCCAGGAAGAGGAAAAUGAACUAACGGAUAGAAAGACAAACCUCACGAUCUCUCCAGUCUCACUGCUGGUUGCCUUUUCACACCUCUCCUCUCCUCACUGCACAUCUCUGUCCUCUCUCCUCUGUCCUCUCUCUUCUCUCCCCUCUCCUCUCUGCUCUUCUCUCCUCUCACACCCUCUCCUCUCCUCCACUGAUAAACAAUCAACCACAUCCUCGUCUUCUCCUUUUCCUGUGGAGGUACCUCCUCUAACACAAACCCUUCUCUUCCUCACCCAGUCUGUCCAUCAGAGGUACCACCUCUAACACAAACCCUUCUCUUCCUCACCCAGUCUGUCCAUCAGAGGUACCUCCUCUAACACAAACCCUUCUCUUCCUCACCCAGUCUGUCCAUCAGAGGUACCUCCUCUAACACAAACCCUUCCCUUCCUCACCCAGUCUGUCCAUCAGAGGUACCUCCUCUAACACAAACCCUUCCCUUCCUCACCAAGUCUGUUCAUCAGAGGUACCUCCUCUAACACAAACCCUUCUCUUCCUCACCCAGUCUGUCCAUCAGAGGUACCUCCUCUAACACAAACCCUUCUCUUCCUCACCCAGUCUGUCCAUCAGAGGUACCUCCUCUAACACAAACCCUUCCCUUCCUCACCCAGUCUGUUCAUCAGAGGUACCUCCUCUAACACAAACCCUUCUCUUCCUCACCAAGUCUGUUCAUCAGAGGUACCUCCUCUAACACAAACCCUUCUCUUCCUCACCAAGUCUGUUCAUCAGAGGUACCUCCUCUAACACAAACCCUUCUCUUCCUCACCCAGUCUGUCCAUCAGAGGUACCUCCUCUAACACAAACCCUUCCCUUCCUCACCCAGUCUGUCCAUCAGAGGUACCUCCUCUAACACAAACCCUUCUCUUCCUCACCCAGUCUGUCCAUCAGAGGUACCUCCUCUAACACAAACAAGUGCAUUCAAUGCAUACCCUCUUUGUAUGAUUUAUAUCCAUGUCAUACUGUACUGUUAGUAUUGACAGAUACAUACUGUACUGUUAGUAUUGACAGAUGCAUACUGUACUGUUAGUAUUGACAGAUACAUACUGUUAGUAUUGACAGAUACAUGUCAUACUGUACUGUUAGUAUUGACAGAUACAUGUCAUACUGUACUGUUAGUAUUGACAGAUACAUGUCAUACUGUACUGUUAGUAUUGACAGAUACAUGUCAUACUGUACUGUUAGUAUUGACAGAUACAUGUCAUACUGUACU